AUGCAAAGUCCUGCAUCUUGGGAUAAGCCCCUGCACCAGUACAGGCUGGGGGCCAACUGGCCAGAAAGCUGUUCUGCAGAGAAGACCCUGGUCCUGGUGGACAAGCAGCUGUCCAUGAGCUGGCAGUGCAUUGUUGUGAUCUCACUGCUGGUUGGAUUCAUCAGUGUAAAUAAUUCUCCAUGGACGGAUUACAGUGCAUACAGCUAUUUUCAGAUUGUCACCAUGUGUGACUUGGUUAUGAUUUUGUUCUUCUACAUGAUCCACAUUUUCAGAAUCUACAGGAAGCUCACUUGUGUUAGCUGGCCACUUGCGGAGUUUCUUCAUUAUUUAAUUGGUACAAUUCUGCUUCUCAUUGCAUCUAUUGUAGCAGCAUCCAAGAGUUACAAUUUGACUGGACUUGUGGCUGGAUCGAUUUUCGGGUUCGUAGCUACGAUCCUUUGUGUUUUAAGCAUGUGGUCGUCCUACAAGGUUUCGUGCAUCACGCAGUCAACAAGUAAGUAUCACACUUAG